AUGACAGUUUCACGGGCCACGUGUCUUGCGAAAACAAAGACAGCCUGGCUGCUGAUCGACCGGAAUCAUUCCACCUCCUUUCGAAGUGUCGAUGGCUUCCAACAUUUUGACAACUUCGUCCAUUUCGGGCCUCUUGUCUGGGCUUGCAUCCCAACAUCUUUUCAUCACAUUUGCAAGAGAGCUCGGGCAGCAUCUCGGAAUUUCGGGCCUCAAGUACCCUCUAGCAAGAUCAAGUGCCAUCUGCACAACUACUUUGAAAGCAAGCUUUUUUCGCCUGUUCUUAAUGAGGUACGACUUCAAGGCACCUCCUGGAAGAUAUUCCACAACAACACAGCAGAUGUUACUUGGCAUGCCUAUUUGACCGUUUUCGGUUUGAAUGUUAAGACCUGA